AUGGACCAAGAAAAGCCUCAGGCUUUAUUAUCACAUUACGGCGAGUAUCCUCUAGGUCGAGAUGGCUCGGAAGAACAAACGGGCAGCCGAAAUGGAACGUUUGUGGAGGAGCCCACAUAUACGGAGCCACGAAGGAAACGGGUUGGCGAGAAUGUCUGGAGAGUGCUGGGUGAGCGGCAGAUUAACAUGAUUACGUUUUCGGGGACUAUUGGAAAUGGUUUGUUUCUUGGAAGCGGUCGUUCUCUUGCUGGUGCUGGACCAGGAGGUGCUGUCAUAGCAUAUCUUCUUAUGGGAGCUGUAAUAUCCGCUGUCAUCUCGUGCCUGGGAGAAAUGACGGCGCUAAUGCCAGUGAAUGCGCCCGUCAUGGAAUUUCCUCGACGCUUUGUUGAUAGAGGUGUUGGCUUUUCAGUGGGUUGGAUGUACUGGUUUGCGUACGCUGUACUCGCUGCAGAUCAGCUAGUUGCCGUCACGAAUUCUGUCAAGUUUCAUUUCGACGAUGGCAGGACGCAUUUAAGCUGGGUUGUUGGAGAGAAUGUUCAUGCUGCCGUGUGGAUUACCCUCGUUUUAGUUGUCGUAUCGGUAAUCAACAUGUUUCCUGUGAAGGUUUUCGGCCAGCUUGAAUAUAUAUUCGGCAGUCUUAAACUCACUUUCAUCUCCUUCCUUAUCGUCAUGAGUGUCAUGAUCGACACAAUGAAGCCAAGAUCGAAUGCAUAUUAUAAGGAGCCAAUUGGGACGAAAUACUGGGACAAACCAUACGGAUUUUUCAACCCCGAUUUUCCAAUUAAGGAUGAUAAUGGGCAUCUGCAACGGAUGAUGACUGGCCCAAUGGGAUCAUUUCUCGGCAUGUGGACUACUCUUAUCAACGUCAUUUUCUCGUACGUUGGUAUGGAUAUUGUUGCUGCAACAGCAGCAGAAAGUAAAGCUUUGGCGGAUUCGGAGGCUAUGAAAAUGGCAUCCCGAAAAAUCUCUCUUCGAAUCAUCACAGUCUACGCUCUGACAAUGCUCACCUCUUCAUUCACGGUGCCUUGGGAUCAUCCGUUCCUAAACGGUAAGGCGCAAUCUGUUGGGGCGCAGUCGAUAUUCGUCAUCGCCGCCGUCGAAGCCGGAUUACCGGCAUUGGCCCACUUUUAUAACGCCAUUUAUCUGUUUUCUGCAUUCACGUGUGCCAUUAAUUCCAUGUAUGUGGCAUCCAGAGUUUUGCAUACUUUAGCUCUGCGUGAUCAGACUGGGCCCGAAUGGAUUACAAAACGAUUACGAUUAUGCCAUGCAGGAGUACCAAUAAGAACUGUUCUUGUGACCGCUGGGCUGAUGCUGGUAGCGUACAUGGGGCCAACUGGGGCCCCUGGGCAGGUAAGUUCUUAUCGCUCCAUCUCAUUGGAAUCAUAA